CCAAAAAAUAUGAAGUGAUUUUCUUCCAACCAAGACAUCUGGGCUGAUGAAGACCAGCUUUUAUCUGAAGAUGAAUGCUCUCCACAGAUUCCUAAAAUCACCAAGCAAUUUCGAAAUACUCUGAAGAGCAAUAAAGGAAAAGCCAAUAAAGCUGACUUUGAGAUCGUAAAAGAGCAUGCUUAUCAUUCUGAAAGAUUAUGUGAAAAAGAGGGCUUCAGAUUCUCUGCUCCUUGUUUGUCUAAAUCUCUGUUCAAAUUCAGCAAUCCAAGACACUCAAAACAAAAAUCCCAAAAUUAUGGUUGAACUCCCUCGUUCUCUACAUCUAGGAUGCAAUCAACACAGCUGAGGAGGAUCCCUUCGAGUGACAUCCUCAAGAGCCUUAAAGCCUAGUUUGCCAAAACC